AUGCUUGUCUCUUCUGAAGAAGCCAAAAUCGGAGGAUGGGUCUGUGCAGGUUUCUCGUUGGUGAUCUUGGUUGCCCGCAUCAUCGCAGCGAGAAUACACCAGGGAUCGUUUGACCGCAGCACUGCCGUCUGUGUCGCUUCGGUCGUCACAGUCGUGGUUCGCCUUGUUGUGAACCAGUACGUUCUUACUUUCGGGACCUCGAACGAUGCUCUGAAUGGCAAAUCCACAUAUUUCGACUCCAAGGACCUUCAAAAUCUCAAGGCCGGAAGCAUUUUAUCUCUUAUCGCACGACUCUUGAUCACCACCAUCUGCUGGCUGCAGAGUUCCUUGCUGUUGCUGUUCUAUUCUCGAAUUUUCGAAAUCAGGGCAAAAUGGACCACCAGGCUCAUUCGAAUCUGCUGGAUUGCCAUUCCUAUCACCUAUGUCGGUGUGGUCCUGGCAACUUUUCUCGAGUGUCAACCAUUUCGUCUGUAUUGGCAGGUCAAACCCAACCCGGGAACAUGCAUCAAAGCGUAUAUUCAGCUGCUUGUCCAAGGAAUUUCAAACAUUGUCCUGGAUCUACUCUUGUUGGCAAUAUCUUACCCGCUCCUCGCUGCAGUUCGCCAGCGGAACCUUGGUGAACAGCUUAGAGUUGGGAUUUUAUGCUGUCUAGGGGUUUUCUGCAUCGUCAUAACACUGGUUCGCAUUGGUUAUAUCUAUGCCGAACAAUCGUACCAACCAGUGCGCAGCUUCUUCGCCUCUGUGCAAAUAGCUGCUUCCUGUUUCGUGGCCAACAUCCCGACCAUCUAUGGCUGUGUCAGAAUGAUCAGAAGGCGUAGAUCGCAUCAGAUGCAGAGACGAGGAAGUCGACCAGAAGUUUGGUUACAGCUUCAAGCCACAAAUGAGUCCAAUACUCCCGCCAGUAUUCCGAUCACGAUGCGAGAGAACAGUUCAUCGAAUGAGUCAGAGAAGAAGUGGUCGCACUUGGUUCCUUGA